GCUCCAUCAAGCACAUCGUAAUGAUGGAGCUUAAAUUUUGAAGGCGCGUCAAAAUUCUAUGGAAAACGUGUGCUUAUCACAAAGGCUGACUACUAGCUUCGUGUGGCGUCUGCGGGAUGUUCCCCUCGUGUAUGUCGAUGCUGUCGCGACGACACGAUGCGCCGGCGCCCAAACCUGGCCAGACACCCGUCAUCCUCAAUGUCUACGACAUGUACUGGACCAACUGGUACACAGCGGGAGCGGGCGUAGGCGUGUUCCACAGUGGCGUAGAGGUGCACGGAUCGGAGUGGGCGUACGGUGGGCACCCUUACGCCUUCACGGGAGUAUUCGAGAUCACGCCGCGCGAUUCGAGAGAACUCGGCGAACAGUUUCGAUUCAGGCAAAGUAUACGCAUCGGGUACACGGACUUCAGCGAAGAGGAAGUCCGGCGACUGGUCACAGAGCUUGGGAAGCAGUUCCGCGGUGACAGAUACCACCUAAUGAACAACAACUGCAAUCACUUCACGUCGGCGUUUUGUCAGGCGCUGUGCUCACGUGACAUCCCGUCGUGGAUAAACAGGCUAGCCUACGUCAGCUCCUGUGUACCCUUCCUGCAGCGCUGUUUGCCCAAGGAGUGGCUGACCCCUGCGGCACUUCAGCAGUCUCUGGCGCUGGCGCACUCGCGUUCCUCAUCGCCAUCCACGCCGCAAUAACAAAAGAAAAAUACCAAAAAGUUUUUUCAUUUAAGAAAACAGCUGUGUUGUGCGGAACCUUAGAUCUAAAAUAAUCUAAUGUAAUAAAAAUAGGUAAGUGAGUUUGGCGCAUUGUCGAACACAUGCGAAAUUAAACCUAUUUUUAAUGUUUAUAGCAUAAUUUGAGGG